AUGCCCAGCAAGAAGAGCCGCCGAAAGACUUCUCUAGCACGGCAAGAACGCGAAUGCAGUGAUUCACCCAAGAGCACUUUUGAGCGUCACUCGUCCAAUGAGCCUGCGAAGACUGGUGUUUGCGCUGUGGUGGCUAAAAAGGAAGUGAAGGUGAAGCCGGCACCGGAGAGAAGAGGGACGCGAAAAACAUCGAAGAAUGAAGAGGCGGAGUCAAGGUACAAAUGGCCGUGCCGCAUAUUGGGUGUGCUUUGUGCCCUUCUGCUGGCCUCCGCCCACCUCUACUUUAGAAUAGGCGCCGAUCGCGACUUUCCAUGCGAAUGCAUUGCGUCGGGUAGUGGGCCAUUGGUGUCUGCACUUGCGAGUAAACGUCUGGGUCUGACUGGUGUUCAUCUUCACACCGCGGAUCGUGCUGCGGUGGAAAAGGAGCUUACGACCCUUUUGACAUGUGUAGUCCUUCACCGACUGACGGGUGUCUUUAAAGAUGUCACCGAGCUUUCCACGCGCCUGCGGAAAGAUGCCGCCAGCGCCAAGUGUAUUAUUUGGUUCAUUCAAGACGUGGCGGUGGUGCGUGGUGUGGCAAACUCGCUCAAGGAGCUCCUCGAGGAAAACACGCUGCGGGGCGAUGAAAUUUUGCCGGAGGGCUCCCGAGGCCUUUUUGUGUUGGUGUCCGACAAAAGUCGCCAGGAGUUGACCGACGUUCUCCCCCACCGUGUGGUUCACAUGUUUCACACGAUGACUGUGUAG